CUCAUCUCUGCCACUCUCACCCAAUUUUUUGAAUCAUUCUCUCAUUCAUGCUUUGUUAAAGCUUCCUCUGUAAAAAUCAAAAAUGGCGUACAAAUCCCUAGAUUCGAUCACCAAAUCCGACGUCGAAGCUCUAGGCAUCUCCGGCGAUGUCGCUGAGAAGCUUCUCAAGGAUCUCGGCGAGAUUAUUCGUAGUCAUGGUCCCGACGCGCCGGUGGAGACAUGGGUUCAGGUUUCUCGGCGGAUCUUGCAUCCUAAUCUCCCUUUCUCAUUUCAUCAGAUGUUGUACUACGGUUGCUACAAAGACUUCGGACCCGACCCGCCCGCUUGGAUACCCGACCCGAAGGUUGCUUCUUCAACUAACGUAGGGAAGUUACUAGAGAGGCGUGGUAAAGUGUUCUUAGGUGAGAAUUACAAGAACCCAGUUUCGAGUUUCUCGAGUUUUCAAGAGUUCUCUGUGUCGAAUCCUGAGGUGUAUUGGAAAACUGUACUGGAUGAGUUAAACAUAGUGUUCUCUGUACCUCCUAAGUGUAUUUUAGAAAAGGAUACAUCUGGAGUUAAUCCUGGAGGUAAUUGGCUUCCUGGUGCUUACUUGAAUCCUGCAAGAAAUUGUUUGACUAGUGGUUUCAAGAGAAGAUUGGAUGAUAUUGUGAUUAGAUGGCGUGACGAAGGAAGCGAUGAUCUUCCUGUUAAUACCAUGACACUUCUCGAGUUACGAUCACAUGUCUGGUUGGUUGCACAUGCACUUAGUGCUUUGGAUUUGGAGGAAGAGUCAGCGAUUGCGGUUGAUAUGCCAAUGAAUGUUGAGUCUGUGAUCAUCUACCUUGGCAUUGUCUUAGCUGGCCAUGUAGUUGUUUCCAUAGCCGAUAGUUUCUCUCCCCGUGAAAUAUCAACACGGCUUAAAAUUUCGAAAGCUAAAGCCAUAUUUACUCAGGAUGUGAUUAUUCGCGGUGAUAAAAGUAUUCCCCUCUAUAGAAGAGUCGUUGAUGCAGAAGCACCUCUGGCAGUUGUUAUCCCAGCUAGAGGCUCUAGCUGCAGAACGAAGCUGCGUGAGAAGGAUUUGUCUUGGAACAACUUUCUGGGGAAUGCAAGAAGUUUGAGAGGCGUGGAAUAUGUUGCUGUAGAGAAACCUGCAGGAGCUUACACGAACAUCCUUUUCUCAUCAGGAACCACUGGUAAAUCAAUGAAUCAAACUGCUUCAUGUUAUGUAGAUGAGGAUGUGGGUGUUGAAUUACCAAGUUUUUUUAUUCCUGGUGUAGGUGAGCCAAAGGCUAUUCCAUGGACAAACAUUUCACCUCUGAAAUCUGCUGCUGAUGCUUGGUGCCACUUGGAUGUUCAUCGGGGGGAUGUUAUUGCUUGGCCGACCAACCUUGGGUGGAUGAUGGGUCCGUGGCUUGUUUAUGCUUCCUUGAUAAACGGGGCUUGCAUGGGAUUAUACAAUGGAUCACCUCUUGGUCCUGCGUUUGCCAAGUUUGUGCAGGAUGCCGAAGUAACAGUGUUAGGCGUGAUACCAAGCAUUGUUCGGACAUGGCAAAACUCAAACUCUACUUCUGGCUAUGACUGGUCACGAAUCCGUUGUUUUGGUUCCACUGGUGAAGCUUCAAAUGUAGACGAGUAUCUAUGGCUGAUGGGCAGAGCACAUUACAAACCCGUAAUCGAGUAUUGUGGCGGAACUGAGAUUGGAGGUAGUUUUAUCGCAGGUUCUUUGCUUCAACCCCAGUCGCUGGCUGCUUUUAGCACAGCUGCCAUGGGUUGCAAGCUUUUCAUUCUCGGUGAAGAUGGCGAUUCAAUUCCUCCAUACGCACCAGGAGUAGGCGAAUUGGCACUUUUUCCUCAUAUAUUUGGAGCUUCUAGCACUCUUCUGAACGGAAAUCACUACAAAGUUUACUUCAAAGGAAUGCCCACCUUCCAAGGACAGAUUUUACGAAGACAUGGGGAUUUAUUUGAACGGACUUCAAAAGGAUACUACCGUGCUCACGGACGUGCUGAUGACACAAUGAAUCUUGGUGGCAUAAAGGUCGGUUCUAUUGAGAUCGAACGAGUGUGUAACUGCGUUGAUGAAAAUGUUCUGGAGACAGCAGCCAUUGGUGUUCCACCUCCUAGUGGCGGUCCUGAGCAGCUAGUAAUCGCUGUUGUGCUCAAGAGCUCGGAGUCAUCAAAUCACGAAUUGAGCCUCUUAAAGAAAACCUUCAACUCUGAGAUACAAAAGAAACUGAAUCCAUUAUUCAAGGUAUCAUCUGUUGUGAAUCUGCCUUCUUUACCGAGGACAGCCACAAAUAAAGUUAUGAGAAGAGUUCUAAGGCAACAGCUAACUCAGACCGGUCUUAACUCAAAGCUUUGAGGCAAUUGCUCUCAAAAUACCAAUUGUUGGUUUGCCAUUCAACACAAAACCACAUUUGUAGUCUUUGUUGUAAAAUCCACAUCCAUGUCCACGUCUGUAUCAAUAAUUGAUUCUCAAAUCACAUAAUAAAGAGAGGGUCUAGUAGUGUAAA